GAGAGGGGUAAAUUGGUAAUUAGGGUGGAAGAAGAUGAUAGUAGUAGUAGUUGAUUUGAUCCAAGGCUAAAACCCCAAACAAACAAACAAACACUCUUUUUCUUCUUCUUCUUUGUUUCUUCGUUUUUGUGAGUAAAUUGCAGAGAGAGGUAAAAGAGGGUUUGGGUUGCAAAUGGUGACGAUGCCUCUCUCAAUGUCUCUAUCUCUUUCCCAUUCCCUUAACCCUUCUUCCUCCACUCCUCCCCUUCGAUUCCGAUACUCCUCCUCCUCCUCCCUCUCCUCCUCAUCCUCCUCCGCCCUUUUCUAUCUUAGACCCGUUUUUUCUUACGCUCCUCCUUCUCGCCUCUCUACUAUCACAGCUUCUUCUUCUUCUUCCCCAGACAAGUUUGCACGCAUUUUUUCAUCAAGCAGUAGUACUCAACAAACAUCUUCCGUUGGUGUUACGCCGCAACCUUUGCCUCCCAGCUCUUCUUCUUCACAAUUAGGAUCACCUCUCUUCUGGAUUGGAGUUGGUGUUGGUCUUUCAGCACUAUUUUCAUGGGUGGCAGGGAACUUAAAGAAAUAUGCAAUGCAACAAGCUCUUAAGACUAUGAUGGGUCAAAUGGAUAGACAAAAUAGCCCAUUCAGCAAUCCUGCAUUUUCUCCAGGUGCAGGAACACCUUUCCCAUUUCCAUCAGCUGCACCACCGCGACCUGCCACCUCCCCUCCAACUUCUUCUCAACCUUCAGUGACAGUUGAUGUGGCUGCAAGAGACGUUGAGGCACCACCAGCCACUCGUAUCAAUGAAGAACCAGAAGAAAAGAAAGAAGCCAAGAAAAUUGCUUUUGUAGAUGUCUCUCCAGAAGAAACCACAGAAAAAAGUCCCUUUGAGAGUAGCAUAAAGGAUGAUGCCGAGACAAGUUCCUUAAGAGAUAGUCAAGGUCAAGUGGCUAGUGAAGUAUAUCAGAAUGGAACUACCUCCAAUCAAAGUUUCGGACCUUUUGGUUCUUCCAAGGAGUCUCAAUCUACUCAAAAAGGGAAAACCAUUUCAGUAGAAGCUUUGGAGAAGAUGAUGGAGGAUCCUACUGUGCAAAAGAUGGUUUAUCCCUAUUUACCCGAGGAGAUGAGGAAUCCUACUACCUUCAAAUGGAUGUUACAAAAUCCAGAAUAUCGCAGUCAACUUGAAGAAAUGCUCACUAAUAUGAGUGGAAACAGCGAUUGGGACAAUCGAGUGAUGGAUUCAUUGAAAAAUUUCGAUCUUAGCAGCCCUGAGGUGAAGCAGCAGUUUGAUCAAAUUGGACUUUCACCCGAGGAAGUUAUAUCAAAGAUCAUGGCGAAUCCUGAUGUUGCCAUGGCAUUUCAAAACCCUAGAGUUCAACAAGCCAUUAUGGAUUGUUCACAGAACCCAUUAAGCAUUGCAAAGUAUCAAAAUGACAAGGAGGUAAUGGAUGUUUUUAACAAAAUAUCAGAACUCUUCCCUGGAGUAAGCGGGUCGCCAUGAUGGUAGCUUAGAUAUAUUAUUAGCUUUGGGAGUAGAGAGAGGUUUUACAUUGGCAGAAUUUGGUAGAAAAGGAGGCAAAAUGGUUGGAGAAAUAGGCUGAAGGUGUUUUUAAGUUGUAUUUAUUUUAAUUUGCACUUUGAAUUGUGUAUUUUAAGGUUUCUGAAAAUUUAAUUUUCUGAGGUAGCAGCUCCAAAUUUUGUGGCCAAUUUGGCAUGUGAAUCAAUGUGAUGUGUUCCUAGGCCUAGCUAGUAAUAGCUAUGUCGUUCAAA